GGAGUCCGCCUGCAUUCCUGUGAACGCUGGGCUCUGCUCCCUACUUCUCAGGAGGAAAGCUCUCUUGGAAGAGCUGGAAAGGUGCCCGACUCCGGCCAUGCUGGCCCCGGCGCUUCUGUGUGCCUGCCUUCUGCUGGCGGCCCCCGCCUCGCGCGCCUGGCCCGGCCUCGACCCGGAGGAGCCCGGCUCCAGCACGGAGGCGCAGAUCCGCGACAUGCAUGAGAAAGUGACGGCCAUCUGGCAGGAGCUGACGCAGCGGCGGGCGGCGGCCGUCGGCGGCCCGGACGCCGCGCUCCACGCCGCCUGCCGGGUGCAGCCGUCGGCCACGCUGGACGCCGCGCAGCCCCGGGUGAGCGGCCUCGUGCUCUUCCGGCAGCUGGCGCCCGGCGCCCGGCUCGAGGCCUUCUUCGACCUGGAGGGCUUCCCGGCCGAGGCCAACAGCUCCAGCCGCGCCAUCCACGUGCACCAGUUCGGGGACCUGAGCCAGGGCUGCGAGUCCACGGGCGCGCACUACAACCCGCUGGCCGUGCCGCACCCGCAGCACCCGGGCGACUUCGGCAACUUCGCCGUGCGCGACGGCCGCCUCUUCAAGCACCGCGUUGGCCUGGCCGCCUCGCUCGCCGGCCCGCACUCGAUCGUGGGCCGCGCCGUGGUGGUGCACGCGGGCGAGGACGACCUGGGCCGCGGCGGCAACCCAGCCAGCGUGGAGAACGGCAACGCGGGCCGCCGGCUCGCCUGCUGCGUGGUGGGCGUGAGCGGCCCGCUGCCCUGGGCGCGCGUGGCGCAGGAGUACGCGGAGCGCAGGAAGCGGCGGCGGGAGAGCGAGUGCAAGGCCGCCUGAGCGCGCACCCCGCCUCCGGGAGGGCCUCGCCCGAGGCCCUUCCCUUCCGCGCGCGCCCCCUGCCUGCCUCGAGUCUCUCCCUCUGCUCCCAGAGGGACCCCCCCCCCGGGGUCCCCAGUGCUGCCAUGGCUGAGGUCUCCCCCCAAAGCCCCUCCAACCACGUAUGCUGAGACACCCCUCUGCCUCCAGAGGCAGCCCCCGGCCUCUGAGACGCUCAUCCUGAGCUCUGAGGACCCCCAGAGGUAUUGAAAUACCCCAUCUGCCCUCCCCAAACCCCCCCCCCCCCCCCCCGGUCCCUUUCCACCCUGACACCCCUACCCUCAGUCCAAGAGCCCUGAAAUCCCUCUUUACCCUAAGGACUCAGCUCCUCCCACCCCGUAGAUUCCUUCUGAGACCCGUCCUGAGGUUACCCAGACCCCACGCCCGCCCAGCCACCUCUCACGCACCAUGCCAGCUCAAGCAGCCUGCGGUUAGGCGCCCCUGCCCGGUGCCCUCAGCUGUCACUCGCCCACUGCCACCCCGCAGAGAGCUGCUCCUUUGGGAGCUGUUUGGCGGUCUUUGUGUUGCACAUUAAAACUCAGCAAUUCAG